UCUAAGCAGCAAUUUGUCAAGCUUGAAAACAACAACGAAGAGAUGACUUCGCCCAAGAAGUCUGUGCUUUCAACGAAGAGCUGCCGUCUGAUCACGAUGAUGCUGCUGACUGCAAGCUUCUUUUUUGUGGAGCUUAGUGUAGGAUACAUCACACAUUCCCUAGCAUUGGUAGCUGAUUCCUUUCAUAUGCUGUCUGAUAUCAUAGCUCUUAUUGUCGGCUUUGUAGCAGUCAGGUAUGCCAAGCGUGAUACUCCAAAGAAUACGUAUGGGUGGCAAAGAGCUGAGGUGGUUGGUGCUCUUGUCAACGCAGUCUUUCUCUUUGCCCUGUGCUUUACUAUCUUAGUGGAUGCCGUUGAACGUCUUGUUAUGGGAGAUAAAAUCACAGACCCUCUCUUGGUUUUGAUUGUUGGUGGCGUCGGUCUUGCAGUCAACCUUUUAGGAAUAUUGUUGUUUAGCUCACAUGGUAUGGGACAUGGUCACAGUCAUGGUGGUGGAAGUAGCCAUGGUCACAGCCAGGGACAAGGUUAUGAAUCAGUGAAAGAACCUGAUGAGAAGGAAGCCUUAGCCAAUGGAACCAAGGUACAGGAUGGGACCCAUGAUGUAGAAGCUGGUAUAGAAGUCAAUCAUAAACCUCAGAGGAAGCAGAGUAAACAUGACGCUUCCACGUCACAGCUAAACAUGAGAGGUGUUUUUCUUCAUGUCCUUGGUGAUGCCUUAGGUUCGGUGGUGGUCAUAAUUAGCGCCCUCGUUGUUAUGUUCACUGAUGGCGAUUGGAUCUUUUGCAUAGAUCCUGUACUCAGCAUUCUUAUUGUUAUUAUAAUCAGCACAACAACGUGGCCAUUAUUUAAACAAUCCAGUAUGAUAUUGCUACAGUCAAUACCUACUGGUAUCGAUAUGGAUGAUAUUGACAAGAAGUUGAGAGAAGAGUGUAGCUAUAUUGACAACAUUCAUGAGUUCCACGUAUGGCAGUUAACGGGUUCUAAACUCAUUGCUACACUUCACAUCAGUGUGUCAUCAUUAGAGGAAUACGGUGGUGUUAUUGAACAAGCCACAAGAAUACUCCACCAAGAAGGGAUACAUUCAACAACCAUUCAACCAGAGUUUAUUUGUAUGAAAGAGAGUUCCACAGAAAGCUGUGGAAUACCUUGUCCCACCGACGCCUGCUCUGAUACAAAUAAAUGCUGCAGUACCACCACAAAGCGCAUCCCAGGAAAUAGUAAGAGUGUCCCGGCCAUGUCACAGCUGCAGAUGGAAGUCAAUGACCUGGAGGUUUGUAUUGAUUGACCUUUGACCCUUGAACUAUACUCUAUCCACUCCAAUCACCCACCUGGCAGUGUGCAUGAUGCUUGAUUAACAUAUACACUAGGAGAGUGUCACAUGAAACAAAUAGUCUGUCAUUUUCACUGACAAAUUUACUGUCACGUGGGAAGUGACUUUUUUUAAUUAUUUACUUACUGCUGCUUGACACCAAAAAAGAAUACGUGAAACUGAUAAAUACAUUUAUUAAAAAGAUUUAAUCAUAUCUCUUC